AUGAAAACAACACAAUGUUCUUCAUGCGGUGGUGUAGCAAUUGGAACAGACUCGACGCUUGGUUCGACCUUUUGCAUGGACUGUGGCACCGUUCUCGAAGAGAGCAACAUUGUUGCUGAAAUCGCGUUCCUCGAGACUAGCUCUGGCGCUGCCGCCGUAUCUGGGUCUCUUGUUGCACGCAAUGCCACGGCAAGCAGAAUCAGCGGCCCAGCAGGUCGAUCAAGCGGAAUGGAAUCCUCCGAAAUAACAAAACAACGAAGUCUUGCCCUUCUCCGAAACUACCAGCAGCCCUUUGCACUCCCAGACUCUGUGAUUUCGACUGCCGAGCGACAUUUGACACUCGCAUACCAAUAUUCAUUCACAAAGGGACGCCAUAUAGAGCACAUCAUUGCCGUAUGCUUGUAUAUGGGCUGUCUAGAGCAAAAGACUAGCCAUAUGCUCAUCGACUUUGCUGAUAUCCUACGGAUCAAUGUAUACGCACUUGGAUCCACGUACCUGAAAUGGCUUCGCACCCUCGGCUGGAAGCCUCCAUUGCUCGAGCCCUCCAUAUUUAUCACCCGCUUCGUAGCACUCCUCGAGUUUGGCGAAGACGAGCGCAAAGUCGCUGAUGACGCGAACCGGAUUGCCACGCGCUUCAAAGACGACUGGAUCCACGAAGGCCGACGUACAGCAGGCAUCUGUGGUGCCGCCAUUUACCUCGCUGCUCAGAUGAACAACUACCGGCGCUCGAUCCAGGAGAUUAUGCAAGUCGUCAAGAUUGCAGACACUACUAUUAUCAAGCGACUCGAAGAGUUUAGCGCCACGGCAUCUGCAAAUUUGACAGUUGGCGACUUUCGCGUUACGGAACAUCCAACAGAGGCCGCUGACCCACCGGCGUUUACGCGUGCUCGACAAAUUGAACACGAUUUGGCUCUGGGCCGUGGUUCAAAGCGCAAACGAAGGAAGCGGUCUCGCAAGGAGAUGGAGGAAGACGACGCAGAUACUGUUGUCUCAAGUCAGCCUGAUGGAAGCCGUGCACGUUCUCAAUCAAUGGACCCGAAUGGGGCCCAGUUGGACGAUUCUAUGCCGGCGCCGGAAUCUCCUACCAAUGAGAGGACGCCAGAGCUGGUGGCCGACGAGGUGCUGGGCCGUGGUAUAUUUGAGGAUAUCCCGGCAGAGAACCCCAAGACUGACCUCGCAACCCUCAACGACGAAGGUUCAGGAGAAGUAAAGGACGAUGACAAAGUGGACGACAAGGAUAAGGAAAACAGUGAACAGGUCAGGAGAAAAGUCAUUGCCGACAUGAUUGCACUCGACCCUUCACAUGUGCAAGAAGUACAGCAGAUCCUGGAGAGCGAGGCCGGGCAAGAGGCUUUGGCCCUUGUGCGAUCUACGAACAAUGCCGAGCGAGGAGAAGAUGAUGAUGAUGCUCUUAUGGAAGAAGAUGAUUUGACCGGUCUCGACGAAGAAGAACUCGACGCGUACAUCUGUGGAGAAGACGAAGCGCAAAUGAGAGAGCGCGUCUGGACGGAGCUGAACCUCGAUUACCUACGAAGGCUUGCUGCGAAACGUAUCCGUGACCAAUCUGGAGAGGAUCCAAGGCCGAAGAAGCACAAGCGCAAAUCCAAGCCGAAGCAGUCGUUUACGCCGGGCAAAACCGCGUUUGAAUCCGUCCGGGCGAUGGCUCAGGGUAACCGAACGUUCAGCAAGCGCAUUAAUUACAAUCUCUUGAAAGAAACAUUCGACGAAAACAAGGAAAACGAAGAUGGGGAGGAAGAUGUCGAAGAUUUCAAAGAGGACGAAAAGGCGCAGGACGAUCCGCUGGCGACUGACCUCAAGGAGUGGACGAGACGCAUGGGUCAUGAUGGCGUUGAUGAAGACGAGUAUGGAGACUACUAUGAGCAAGAGGCCUAG